AUGAAGUGGGUAACCCAGCUCUUGCUGACUGGCUCUGUGGCUAUUGACGACGUGAAAUUUGCUAUCAUUUCCCUUGUAGGAGAGUCUCUUCUCGCAUGGGACAAAUCAUCAAUUACCAUUCGCGGCGAGCGUAAUAUGUUCCUCUCUGUAGAAUUCCACCCAUUCCGCUUGCCUUCACCGGGCCUAUGGCUGGACAUCUUCCAGAAGAUCAAAGCCAUGGGUUUUCUGGCGUGCGAAAGCGGACAUAUCAAGAACAGUGGUGUUUACAACCUGGAAGGCUUUUUUGAUGCAGCUAAGCGAGCAGGUAUCUAUCUCCUUGCACGACCGGGCCCAUACAUCAAUUCGGAAGUGUCUGGAGGUGGCUUCCCGGGCUGGCUACAACGCAAUAAAGGUGUUCUCAGGGCCACUGCCCCUGACUUUCGGGGAGUAUUGCAAAUUACAUUCGGCACAUUGGAAGAGUCAUCGGCAAAGCAAAAAUUGCGAAGGGCGUUCACUUUCUGCUUGGAGAGUGGCACAACAUCUGUCGGUGCUUGCGUGGACAAGAGCUACAUGCAAUGGAUCGAGAGAGAGUUUCGAUUCGCUGAAAUAACUGUUCCAUUCAUCAACAAUGAUGGUGUUCCUACAGGUAAUUUUGUUCCUGGCUCUGGGCCGGGUGAAGUGGAUAUCUAUGGCUUUGAUUUUUAUCCGUUUGGAUGGGCUUCAUUGAAAUUUCGCUCUAUCUCGCUUCCUUCGAGCCCAAUAGCAGCCGUUGAAUUUCAAGGCGGUACGGGUGGAGUGGGUGUCGAGACCGCGGCUGCGUUAAUCAAUCACGAAUUCGCGCGGGUAUUCUACAAGAUCAACUAUGGCUUGCAUACUGCGAUAAUGAACCUGUACAUGACUUACGGAGGCACAAACUGGGGCAACAUCGGCCACCCGCUUGGUUAUACGUCCUAUGAUAUGGGUGCCGCAAUAAGCGAGGAUCGCCAAUUAGUUCGCGAAAAGUACUCCGAGCUCAAACUCCAAGCGAACUACCUUCGCUCUUCGCCUGCGUACCUGACAGCCAGUCCUCAGGGGGAUAUGUAA